GAGGAAGGGGAGGAGGAGGAGGUGGACACGGUUACGUCCCGAUGUGUUCAGAGCUGCCGUUUCAUUUCACCGCCGCCUCUUGAGCAGCUCACACCUUCAUUCAUUUUCCUGAGGUGCAAGAGGAUUUUUCAAUUAAAGUGCCAAACGAGUAUUAUUAUUAUUUUUUUUAAUUCUCCUUACGUCGGAUCAAGAACCUCUUUUUUGGUCCAAGUUUUCAGCGGCUGAUACAAGGAGACGCCGGAUCCGAGGACGCACAUUGCCUGUCCCGCACCUCCGACCUCACGCCUCUUUUUUUUUGUUUUUUUAUUUUUUGUCAUUUUAGACAGUUCAUAUCUUCGACUUCAGUGAAGUUUUUGUGUCAACCCUGAGAGGACAAGAACCCUAAAACCAUCCUGCCCGGCAUCAUGACUCGCAGAUCCUGUGCCAUUUACGCCACGGGGAUCGUGUGCGCUCACCUCCUGAUUGUGGGGAUCGCCCUGGUCGUGGCACAAGUCUUUCAAACAAUGAUCCACAGCCGGUUAAAAAAGGAAAUUACUUUGACAGAGAAGAGCCAAGUGUUUGAGUCAUGGAAGAACCCACCCCCACCAGUUUACAUGGAGUAUUACUUCUUCAAUGUGACCAAUCCAGAGGUGUUUUUAGCAGGAGGCAAGGCCGCUGUCAAACAGAUUGGACCAUACACUUACAGAGAAUACAGGCCAAGGGAAAAUGUAACUUUCCUGGAGAACGGCACCAAAGUUUAUGCCCUGAAUCCCAAAAGUUUUGUCUUUGUGCCCGAGAAGUCAGCGGGUGACCCAACAGUCGACAUUAUCAGGACUGUCAACAUCCCAUUUGUGGCGGUGAUGAGUGAGCUGAAUUCCUACUCCUUUUUCCUGCGAACUCUGGUUUCAAUGUACAUGAACAGCUUGGGUAUUGAUAUAUUCAUGACCCGCACUGUCCACGAGGUCCUGUGGGGCUUCAAAGACCCUCUACUAACCAAGUUGCACUCCAUGAGGCCUGAAGUGGAUGAAUACUUUGGCCUGAUGUGGAAGAAAAAUGGUACCCAUGAAGGAGAGUUUGUGUUCCACACCGGUGAGGAGAACUACUUGGAUUAUGGCAAAAUCGACACAUGGAAUGGCCUGAGGGAGAUGUCAUGGUGGUCAUCCAAUCUGAGCAACAUGAUCAAUGGUACAGACGGUGCAGUCUUCCACCCUCUAAUUAACAGGAAAGAGCGGCUGUACAUCUUUGCUGCUGAUCUGUGCAGAUCUAUUCAUUUGGAAUAUGUGGAAGACGUGGAGGUGAAAGGCAUCCAGGCGUACCGCUUCGCCCCACCAAACGACGUCCUCCAGAGCCCCAAAGUCAAUCCCUAUAACGAGGGCUUCUGUGUGCCAGCUGGAGACUGUCUCGGCACCGGGGUGCUUAAAGUCAGCGUUUGUCGAGAAGGUGCUCCCAUCGUGGUGUCGUUCCCUCACUUUUAUCAGGCAGACCCUGAGUACAUCAAUGCAAUUGAUGGACUCAACCCCAACAAAGAAGAACAUGAGACUUAUCUGGAUCUACAGCCGACCACUGGCGUUCCCAUUCGUGCCUGCAAGAGAGCGCAGCUUAAUAUCAUUUUGAAGAGGGUAAAUGGAUUCCCCAAAACCAAGCACAUCAACGAAACCAUUUUCCCAAUCAUGUUUGUCAAUGAGACGGCGAUUAUUGAUGAUGAUUCAGCAUCUCAGAUGAGGACGUUGCUCUUAAUUGUGACCCUUGUGUCAAACUUCCCCUUGCUCAUUGUGGGCAUGGGUAUCAUUCUCCUGCUGGUCCUUGUCGUUUUGUUCUGCCGAAACCGCCAGAAGAAGAACGAAGUAAAACGUAUUGAUUUUACUGAAGCUUUUCAUUCUUUUACUACGGCGAAAGAUGAAACGGCCUACACUCAGGUCAGCGACAAACCCGAUGGGCCGCCAGAAACGCCGGCCAACCAGCCAAUGAAAAACGGCUCUUACAUUGCAAUGUCUCCAGUGGAGGCCCAGAAGUGUUGAUCGAGGAUCCCUCCCCGUCUUUUGGAGCUCAGGAAGGAGGACUGAAGGAGCAGUUCAGGGGGGGUUACAUGACCACUGGUGGGAAUUUUACAAAGUGGGCUCAAUUUGUCUUUUUUCCUGGGCGGGGGAAGGGGUGGGACACAAACCCCGGGUAAUGUUUAGUCAAAUACGACUUUGCUCCUCUCACUGAGCCCUCUUACGGCUGUCCUCUACUCUACCUGCUGAGCAUGGCCUUCACUGCCUGCCGUACUGCAACACGACAAACCCCACCCACACUCUGUUCCUCAUUUCGGUCCUGGUGGGCCCCAAGACGAAAGGACACCGGGUGGGGCUCGGCCAGGACAAGCCUUUUUCUGUAUCUUUUUUCUGAGGGAACAUGGUAGCAUAGGCGUCACCGCUGCGCACAGAUGCAUGGUCUUCUGAGCAGAAGAAUAUGGCUCAAAGCGAGUUUAGUAUUAACUUGAAUCACAUCGGGUGUUACAGUCGUAUUCCAGCUGCAGGGAACUGGCAGUUCAACCCGGCAGAUUAAGAAAGCCCUUUAGACUGAAUCCUUAAGAACCCCCUCCUCCUCUUCUUCUUGUGCGUCUGAGCUCCUGAGCUUUGAAGAUAAAAUGGUUUUACUAACAAAGGUGAAUUUAGUAUAUCCUUUUGUAAGAAAAAGUGAAAACGGACUGAGCCAAACUAUUUAUAGGAUUCUUUGCCUUCUCUCCUAAGGUGAAUUAGUACACACCCAAACACUGCACUUGGUAUUCCAGUAGUGAAAGAGUGUGCACCUUUAUCUUACACUUCCGUGUCCUGCUUUGAUGGACAAUGGGUAACUAUUUUUCUUGAUGCAGGCACAGUUUAGUGUAACACCUGGAAACUCGUGAUUUAGAUUCCACGCUCUCCUUUUUGUUUUUCUUUCAUCGACACCUUGUACCAGAACACUAGCUAAACAGAUAAUCAGAGCUUCAUUUCAUUAGACAAGGCAAUUAGUGGCUAGUUUAAAACAGGAGCUUCACAAAGUUGCACCUUGUUUUAGGCUUCACCACAUUCAAAACGGAAAGUCAAAAAAAAAAAAAAAAAACACCCACAGAACUUACAAGGGAGACUUGAACCUACUUUCUGCCUUAUAAUGGUUCAGUAUGUUUUGCGCGGUUGAACAUUGCUCAAAUAAGCUGGAAAUCUCUUUGUUGGCAUUGUACAUACUGUAUGUAAAGGGGAACAUGUUGAGAUACCUCUGACCAAAUCCAGCAAGCAGUCCUCUUAGGUGUGCUGAUAAGACACUAACUUCGCUAUGGUGUCCACCGCUCCUGCACGUCUAUACUGUUACUUAGACAAAGCACAAUUUGGAUUGCUAAAACCAGUCCUUGUAUAAGGCUACCAGGUUUUUUUUUUUUGUCCUUUUUACUGUAUGUGAAUUUACAGCUGACCUAUCAAAGACUCUGUCAAGUGCCGUGGCUGUUAAAAAUGAAGCGCCGCCGCCACUGUGCAUGUGCGGCUGUCUUUCGGUUUGCCUAAGAUCUGAUCAAGGUAUUCAAGGCAAACACAGUACACAGUGCUUGAAUCACUGUUUUGUCUUACAUUUCAUGUUUGUGUUUUCCUUUUUUUUCUGUCCGCCACACUUGUCUCGUCACAUGUCAAAGCCCACUGGUGGUCACCACUGGAAGGUGAAUUAAGGCCAUAAUACUGUUGAAAAUUCCCUGCACUUUGCCUGGAAAUUGUGCCCUGUGUAUUUUCAUUGUUAUAUGUUUUUUUGUCCUUUGUCCAUUUCAAUGCAGGUGGUCCAUGUGUACUGUUCAUUUCACUAGUUUGUCCAGGCUAGUAUUGAUUUAUGAAGGAUGUGGUUGCAAAUGGACAACAAACAUCCACGCCUCUGUGUUACUUGCUUUUCAGCACAUGGAGUGUCUUCUUUUGAUAUACUUUUGUAUGUGUUAUUGCUGCUAAAAAUGCCAUAACUUAUGGACUUGUAUUUGUAUAUGGGUAUCUACCAUAACCUGCUCGUAUUCGGAUUCAGGUUGGAAAACAAAGGCUUUUAUCCGCCUCCUCAAAGUCUUACAUUUCAACGGAUUUCUGGUGUUUUGCCAACCAUUUUGACACCUGUGAAUACCUGAGCACAAGAUACAAAGCCCAAAGCUUGCUGCCAUUUAUUGGAAUUAGCAGUCACAGUAAUCUCGAGCAACAUUUUUCUAAGUCAGCCAUCACAUUUUAAAACAUUAAUUUCACCGUUAGCAGUUUAUCUGAUCAUAUCAUAGGUGUGUUUCGGGUUUAUUAUCGCAGGAGGUGUCCAAAAAGGACGAGCCGCUUUAGCACCGUUAAGGUUUGAGAACUGGACGUGUUCAGUCUGGCAGUAAUGUGGUGGGAGAUAUUUUUUUUUAUCAAAAAAAUUUCACUGAAGGCCUUGUGCAAACUCAGUCUGUUUUCCACCUUCUUGACUUGAACCUUAGACCUUAAUCCUGAAAGUUGCAUGCAUGUGUUGCCUGUACAACGUCUGUUAAAACAAGACGUACACACGAAAUGUCUCUGACUUCCCCUCCACUGACCUUUUUGAGUACGAUCCUUGAAAUCCACUGGCUCGUCCCGGCUUGACCAAAGAUGACCCAUAUAGAUCUUACCCCCUCGGCGCCAUGUUUACUCUCCUCUGCGAUAACGGCCGUGCCACAAACCACCGCCACCAACCUUUACUAAUUGUGCCACCACGUAUGUGAAGUAUUUGCAACAGUGUUGUGUAAAGUCAUGUAUGUACAGUAUGUGCCUUUUACAUCAAGGCAAAAUAACAACAAAAAAACAAAUCACUGUUGGUAGUUUUUGAUGGGUAUUGCUUUUAUUUCACCCAGUGCAAGAGCAUACAAAAGUAAUCAAUGCUCUUUAUGGGCAUAAGAAUCUCAGUAUUAUAUAAGACAAAGCAAUACAGAGUUAUGUAAAAUAAAUAGUGGAUGUUUUUGGGGCCACACGAUAUUUAUGUUAAAUUUUUUUUUUCCUGAACUUGUGAUUUUGUUAGUUUCACUUGAUCAAGUAUUUCUUUUUUUCUUUAGUGUGAAUUAGUCCUUUUGUAAAACUGCUGAUGAUAAAGCACAUUUCAUUUUUGUUCAUUUCAAUGAAAAUACAAAAAAGAUGGACCAGUAUGUCACACUGGGAACAGUCAGUCCUGUAAAAUGUCUGUAAGAGUGUUCAUGAAUGGUUGGAGACUUUGGUGUUUGUAAUGGAUGAGUAUGAAAACGUGUUGUAUUUGUGGAACCAAUGCACCAUUUCUGGAAAACUGGAGUGGAAACUUUUUUUUUUUUUUUUAAUUUGGAAGGCUGAUUAUCUUGAUGACUGAUAAAAGUAAAGCAAACAUGCUGUGUGAAAUAUCUAGAUGAAUGAAGCCCUCCUUCAGGGAUGAGCACUAGUGCCAUACCAUCCUGUAUGAAUUUGCCAUUUGCUCUUUCGGUGUAUUAACCACCACCUCCCCAUUUACGGUGUUCUGAAAUCACUAACAGACAUUUCGUCUUGAGAUAUACUAAUUUGUUUUGCUGCUGAAAAUGACAAUCCCCCUUGUCAUGUUAGGUGCAAAAUGAUUUCAAAGUAAUAUCCAUUUUUAGUUUUGAUAAUUUACACUGCACAGAUGUUUCUACAGUGCUUUUGUAAACAUUUCUAGUGUAUUUGCAAAAAAAAAUAAAAGUUGCAAUUAAGUGCAAAGAUCA